AACAGUGGAACAGUAGAGGGACAGGCUGAUGGUGCCAACGCCACGCAUUGUCAACCAACAUCGUGUUGCACUGAAAUGAAUACCAUUUUCUUGUGCGACACAGCAGUUGGGAAAGUAAAGAUGAUCACGCAUCCAAUCGGUCUUCUGCAAUACUUAGAGAAACUUAGCGCUUUCCUGAAGGUAUUUGGUGUCCACAAAAGGGGUGAACCUCGCAAUAAAAUUCAUAGGUGCAGUGCUGAAGAAGCAACCAAAAUACUUGAAGAUGUAUGCACAUUUUUUAAGACAUGUGAAAGAGAAGUACGCGAGUUUAUAACGACAGAGAGAAGCUUGCAGGGGCCGGAUGGUGUUUGUUCUAUACAAACAAUGCGCGAUCUUGACCUUACAUUGAAAACUGUGAGAAACAUAGUGGCACUAAUUAAAAAGGUUUCACCAAACUAUCUUGAUUCCCUUGAUUUAUCGUCAUUAACUAUCCUCGUUGUCGAGAAUCUUUUUGCCGAAAUGCGGGAAGGCAAUGACAUGCCUCUAGCAAUACAAUUUGCGUACAGACUGUCAUCAACUGUGCGAGAACAUUUAAAGAGAAAUACAAAAUGCUCUUUUAAUUAUUACACGAGUUCGUCCUCUUAUUACCCCAUGCAGAACGGAUUUCUUCCAUUUUCAAAACUACCCACGAUGCCUAAACCAGAAAGGAAUCACGUUACGAAGACGCAAUUGGCAGAAAUGAGAAAGUGGCGUGCAGAAUUUGGCCAAAGUGUUCGUCAGGUCACUGUUAGAAAUAAAAGCACGAAAGACAAUCCUGGAACCUUACCAAUUAACUGCUAUGCAGCAAAGCCAUCUCAACCCCGCCCUGUUAAUUUUCUACAAUUAGAAAUGACAGCAGAGCAGGAGCAACAGAGUUUGCAAAACGCUCAGAAUCCACUUCUCUUCAUGAAAAACUGUUUUGUUGUAAUCAAACCUGGUUUCCAGCCAACUCACCUGCCUCAAGCACCAUUUUAUCUAGGCCGAUGUACAGCAGAUGUUAAAUCCUCCGAGAGAAGAGCACAGGUUGCCAUAUACAGACAGGAUUUUUUGCUCCCAUUCCACUUUGUGUAUGCAAAUGUCGUUUAUCUACUUGAUUUGAAUGGUGUUUCGAGAGAAAUUCAAAGCAGUUUUGCAGAAGAAGACAUCGUUGUGAUGGAAGAAGAAACUAUUUUAGUUGUGUGA